AUGUACCUAGUUGGUUUAAAGAUGUCAAAUUGGGCCCAAAGAGACUCAACAAUGGAAGAGAUUAUCGACAGAGAACGGUACAUCGAGAAGCUCCUUGAAUGGAGAGCAGAGCUCCUCCGGCGGAUCAAUGAGCCAGGGCAAGGGGCGGGCCAGGAGGAGGUGGCCGGGUUCAAUGGUCUCUUGAGAGACCUCGACCAGGCCAUCAGUUGA